CAGACAGCGAAGAAACUUCCAACCGAAGAUAUACACCAAUCCUAUCCCUCCCUUCCUCACUCUCUCUCUGUAAUUUGCGAGCCAGUGACCGAAAAGAAAAACGUCUGGUCUAGUGAGAUAAAAAAACGUAUGCUUUAGUGAGUGAAAGUGGGCCCCUUCAGAUCCCAAGAACGCCCUUCUCCUUAAAUAAUACGGACUCGUAAUCUGCUGAAAAUCUAUGCCAUUUUCCUGCACCACCGCAGCGACAAUCCCAUACCCACACUCCCUCUCUGAGUGUGGAUAUUUCAGCAGCUGAGCUUCUUCCCGAUCUGCAGUGGGAUUUUCCAGUUCCUGCUGGGGGCUCAAGUCUGGGUCCUCGAUAACAGCUUGAAUUUGGCCCUCCAAGUGUGGUCCUUGCUUUGAAGCUUAAAUUCUCUACUGUGUGUUUUGGAGUGAGCUAGUCAGGAAUGCCACUCGAGGAAGCAAGAGGAAAAAUGCCGUUUGCCAACGACGCACCACCAGGAAGUUACUGUCCAACUGAUCUUAAUGGAGGCAUCCGUGGGUAUUCAUGGGCAGCAGCAGCAGCAAACAAUGAUAUCUUACGGAAUAGUGGACCCCAUUUCAGUGCUUCAUUGCAUCCGGCUCCCUUGAACCAUGAUCGGGUUCCUACUGCAAAGGAAAUUUGUAGACAGACGAUGUUACAGCAGGAGUCCAUAUUCAAACAUCAGGUCUAUGAACUUCACCGGGUUUACAAAAGGCAAAAGGAGUUGAUGGAGGAAGCCAGAAAGAGAGAACACUUUGGGAAUAGUUUAAAACUAUCUCUUGAAUCAGAACCAGUGCCAGAAACCUCUAUGGGCAUGCACUGGCUUUCAAGGAAUCUUUCGGGGGCUGGUCCCUCAAUGCUAGCUUUUGGAGAACCUCCAAGGUUUACUACAGCUUCUGGGGAUGAGCAGCGGCCAUCUAAUGUCAAUCAUGCAAUUACAGAGGUGCAGCAGCAUGUAGAUGAAGAGAAGCUUGAGUCCUCCUCUUACCAUGGAAAAGGCUCUUCUUUUUCAAGUUGCAGAAAGAUGGAUGUCUUGUUCGACUUGAAUGAGCCUCCUGCUGAGCUAGAUGAUGAACCAGAAUUCCCAGCUUCCUCUAGUCAACAUGAUCUCAUGAAUAGGAAUGAAGAUCCUUCUGAAAUGGAAAAAUCAAAUGCAGACUGUAUCGGCUCAAGUAAAAAAACAUCGCCCGAUAUUACUGUUGGAGAAAGCCAUACUGAUUCUGGCAUCAUUAGUUCGUCUUCUGAGAAAAAUGCGGAAAAUGGGCUGCUACCGUGCAAGUCUCGUGCUGUGAAACAUGGAAGCCACCUGAAAACUUAUGCCAAAGCUUCCUGUAGUUUGACACCCAGAAAGCCACAAAAAGAAAGGUCAAUUUCUGAUUUGGAAAUGUCUGACAAAAAUCAAACUGUAGCCCGCAUUGAUGUUUCCCCAUCUGUUCAAGCACCUGAAGAUAAAGAGAAAGAACAUUUCAAAGCUCCACUUAGCCCAGAGAACCAGGAGUCUUGUCCACCUAGAAAUGAUUCACCCGAGGCCCGAUUGGACACAUCGACUGGCUUAUCAAACGAUGACAGGCUCGCUGCUGAUACACUGGUUUUGAUUAUGUCAUCUCGGGUGGAACGACCUAUUGGCUGCCUUGAUUGGUUUGCUGGAAUUGCAUCCACUUUAGCGAAGAGAUCAAAGUGGGUGAAACCAGAGGGGCGGGCCAAGGAGGGAGGGAGGAGAAGAGCUAAGAGCAGCAACCAUGGGCAAGGGAUGAAAAGUUCAAAAGGUUUGAAGCAGCAGCAGCAGCCUGGUUGUAAGAAGAAGCACAUGUGGUGUUUUAAAGAAGUAUGGGGAAGGAAAAAGAAGCGAACACCUCGAUAUGCCAUAAGAAGGAUUGUCCCCCUUUCACCUUAGUUGGUUGGUUAAAAUAGUAUAGCAAAUAUAGCUGAUUGCUUAUAUAGCUGAUUGCCUGCCUCAAAUGGCUAUGUAACUAACUAGGUGAAGGGUUUACCACUGGUUCUCAGAUGGGUUUGUAGACAGGAUAGAACAGUGAAGCUUCUUUGCUCCCAAAUAUUAUUGUAAAACUAGGUCUGCCUUGCUGUGUGCAUACAUUGUGCAGGGGUUGUGCAGUAAUAUAUUUCUUGUUUUAUCAUCUUGAAAUUUUGGCCUU